GUCCAGUGCGCAUGCGCCAAAACUUCAUUCGAGGAAGUGGAAGGAGAGGCAACACAAACGACAGAGAAGAGUUUCUUGUUUAUUCCCCGUUUCAGAGAAGACAAACCAGCAAGCAGCUUUUUUAAAAAAAAAAUGUCGGGAUUUGAUAGCAACCCGUUCGCGGAGCCUACCGGCGACAACCCUUUCAAUGACCCGUCAGUCACACAGGUGACCAACUCCAGCAUAGAACCAGUUGACCAGUACAACCCUUUCCCUACCACAGGCAACCUAGCUGCUCAAACCACUCCAGCCUCCACAGGUCCCUACCAACCUGCUGUGUUACAGCCGUCUACAGAGCCUAGUCCACAGGCGACUGCUGCUGCAGCUCAGGCCAAUCUGCUGAGGCAGCAGGAGGAGCUGGAGAGAAAAGCUGCCGAGCUGGACCGCAGAGAGCAGGAGAUACAGAGCAGAGGCCCGACAGGUAAAGAGAACAACUGGCCUCCCCUGCCCAAGAGCUUCCCCAUCAAACCAUGUUUCUAUCAGGACUUCUCAGAGGAAAUCCCCCCAGAGUGCCAGAGAGUCUGCAAGAUGAUAUACUACCUCUGGAUGUUCAGCUGUGUGGCUCUGUUCCUCAACCUGUUGGCAUGUUUGGCUGCCUUCACCACUGCUUCUAGCUAUGGUAUGGAUUUUGGCCUCUCCAUCCUCUGGCUCGUCCUCUUCACCCCCUGCUCCUUCCUCUGCUGGUACCGGCCCAUCUACAAGGCCUUCAAGUCUGACAGCUCCUUCAGCUUCUUCUUCUUCUUCUUUGUGUUUUUCUUCCAAGUUGCGAUCUUCAUCAUCCAGUCUGUUGGUAUCCCCAACUGGGGGAACAGUGGUUGGAUCACUGCCUUCACGAUCAUCAGCAAAAACAAGGCAGUGGGAGCCAUCAUGAUCAUAGUGUCUAUCCUGUUCACCAUCUGUGCCGUGCUGUCUGUCAUCCUGCUCAAGAUGGUCCACAGCAUGUACCGCCGGACCGGGGCCAGUUUCCAGAAGGCCCAGCAGGAAUUCUCGCAGGGAGUUUUCACAAGUAAAACCUUCCAAACAGCUGCUGCUACUGCAGCAACCUCUGCUGCCCAGGGAACAUUCCAGGGAAACAACUAAUGGUAGACUGAGCUCAACUAAGCUCUGUUUAACACAUCAAGGUCUACAUGUUAUCAGGUCUAGAUUAUUAAUUAAAACAAAGUGGAAUGAAGCAGGGAGUUGAAGUUCAUUUAGAAGUUGUUGGUUGGCACUUAGGUAGUAGGACGUUAUGGUGACUUUGGAAGCAGCAGGUGGAAAUUAUAAUCUAACCUGGUAAUGUAUAGACCUUGAGCUAGUUGAGGCUACAUUAUUAGCCUCGCCUCCUUACAACCCCACGACCAAUGCACAUGUAAUUCCCCAUAUUAACUUUGCGUCACUCGUCUAGCAUGUCUCCUGCAGAGUGACUCCAUCUCUGUGUGGGUGUAAAAAGCAGUCGAGGGGAAAUUCACACAUCAAAUGCAUUCUGGGGUGAAAAGCAUGAAUGAAGUUGACUGAUUGCUGCUUUCCUGGCUUUGUAUAUUUUGUGUGCACUUUUUUGGCAGUGCUCUUCAGUGUAAUAUUUGUGUGUGUGUGUGUGUGUGUGUGCGUGUGCGUGUGCGUGUGUGUACUGGCAUGCUGAUCACAUGUAUUCAUGUGGGUGAAGUACGCUUUUGUUCCUCCACUGAUGGCGGACCCUGAUCCUGUAAUAUAAACAUGAUGAAGUGUUUCUGGUUGUCAUUGAUUGGCAUUUUUUUCUGUCUCAAAAGCAUUUCGUCUUUGUUAUUGAACCUUUUUUGGCAAACCAUCUCUUUUGUGUGCAAAUAAGAAAGAAAAGAAAAUGUAACAAAUCAUGUAAUUAUAAUCUGUCUAGCCUUAGAUUUGGGGAUAUCACUGUAACUACUCACUUAAAUCUUAAAUUUUAGAAAUGAAUAUUAUGGCAGUUUUUAAAAUGUGUGCCUUGACUUUUGUCUGGAACCAACAUGUUGCUAAGUUCUUUCUUGAAAACCACUGGGGUGUUGGUGGAAAUAUUGUAUAUUUUGGUAUUUGUCAUUACAUGAUGGUUUCUGCAUAAGGAUCACAUCCAGAGGAAAAACUGAAAAGUGUUUUUCUUCAAUAAAUUUCAAGAAAAUUACAUUUCUACUUAAGUUUAGAAUCCAGACACAGCUUCAACUUCGUCUUUGAUCACUGCUUUUGCUCAAGAGUUGUUUCUAAGGAAACCAAAGCAAUACUGACUGAUGAAUAUUUUUUUUUUUUUAUUAAAAUACACAUAUUUACUCCAAGCAGAUCAACACCAAUCCUUACAGUUGUGUUAAUGGGCUGAGCCUAUUCUAUUCAUUUCAUGACUAACAGUAAAUGCAGGACAAGGAAAAGCUUAUUUUUUAAUGAAGAAUAACAUUGUAGAAAAGUAUGUGUGAAUCCUGAGGAAUUAUCAGAAAAGUGUUCUCAGUGUCUGACCUGAAUACCAGAUUUCCCUGAUGUGUGUCUGAUUAGAGCAGUGUUAAUUUAACACUUAGCUUCCUUUCAAAGAGAACCAGUGUCUCAUCACCACCAGUGUGCAGCAGGCAUUUUCUCUACUUCUGAUAGUUUCAAUUCUAGAAAGAAUUAUCAGAAGUCUUCUGUACACCAUCAAGGUCUAAAUUAUUUCUGUACUAAUGUAUAUUUUCUAUGGGAAUUCUUAUCUUGAAAAACAUGCAUAGCUUGUGUGUUUAUUUGACGUACUGUUUUGAAAACAUCUGCUGGGAUGUAACAUGUAACUGUAUGUUUGCGAUCCUUAAAAACAUUUCCAACCUCUGGAAAAUUUCUGUGAUGUCUUUGCAACAGAUAGCGGUCUAAUUUAAGGUUUGAUCUCACACCCAUUAUAUGUUUUCAUUCACACAUCUCUGUAUGCUUUUGUUUUGGGAGAACAGAAUUCAGUGCCUUUUGUAUUUCAGUGUUGAAUAUAGCAUCUAAUAAAAUGCUUUGCUUUCA